AUGCAUACCCAAGAACGAAAGCAGUUUAAAACCGAAUUCGCCGUCGAAAUGACCUGCGAAAGUUGUGUCAACGACAUUAGCAACGUGCUGAAACAGUUUCCAGAUAUCAAGAAAUACGAUAUCAACCUUGAAGACCAGCGUGUAGUUGUUGAAGGAUCGAUGGCACCAUCCCAAAUCUCUCGUGCUCUCAAAGGAACCGGAAGAACGGUGAUCGUGCGUGGUCAAGGUGUUGCUGAUGGACAAGGUCACUCGGGUGCAGCAGUGUGCAUCUUUGAUACAUAUGGCAGCGAUCCUACUCAACAAGUCCCCAAAGGCACACAAGGCUUAGCACGUUUUGUACAAAUCGAUGAGGAGACAUGUCUUAUUGACUUGACCGUGGAAGGACUUUCGCCUGGAAAGCAUGGUGUUCAUAUUCAUGAGCUCGGUGAUAUCUCGCGUGGAUGGAUGUCAACAGGCGACCACUUUAAUCCUACAGACGUUGAUCAUGGCGAUGCAGAGAAUGGUCACGUGGGCGACUUGGGCAAUGUGGAAGUGGAUGCCAAUGGAUGGGGUGACCUAGUGGUCGAAAGCAAUCGUGUCAAAGUAUGGGAUAUUAUCGGCCGUAGCAUGGUGAUUUCCGAACGUCCUGAUGAUCUUGGUCAAGGCAACACCAAAGAAAGCAAAUGGGAUGGAAAUAGUGGACCAGGUAUUUUAUGUGGUAUCAUUGCUCGAAGUGCUGGUGCUUUUGAAAACAUGAAGAAGGUGUGUGCAUGUUCAGGCAAGACAUUAUGGGAAGAAGCACGUAUCCAGCCCCAAGAUAAGAAAGUAUCACUGUAG